GGGAACAGCAGUUUUUAAAGGACAUUGGUUUUUCCGAACUAAAUUUUCUCAAAAACUUAAUUCACAAUAAUAUUUAUGGCGCUUAUCAACAUUCGGAGAGAACAACAUCCUUUGUUUAACAGCGUGGUACUGGAUCGCAUAUUUCAACAUUUUUCUGUCCGAAAUCUUAAAAAUGUUCGGCUCGUGUGCAAAUUUUGGGACAACAUUGCCUCCCCGUUUCUCCAAUCGGGCAGCAAAGUCAACCUCAUUCGUGGCCGGGGAGAAAUGGAAGCGAGGAAAUCUUCCUUUAAGAAUUUUAUCGCCUACAUCGAAACGUUAUCCGUGGAGGAAAUAUUUUUCAGAAAUUAUCACAUCGAACACUGGAUAUUGAAUGAACGAAGGGAGAAAAAUUUGCACAGAUUUUGGCUGAAAUGCGGCCCCACGAUGAAAGAGCUGCACCUCGGAAAUAUUAUUUUUUACGAGGUGGAAACCAUCCGAAAUGUUUUGUAUUAUUGGACGCCAUGCCUGGAAUCCCUGAGGAUAGAAGAUUGUCUUUUUUAUGCCGUGAUUCAAGAAAAUAUUCCACCAAAGUGUGAGGAGUACUUGCAUAAAGAGGAUUUCGACGAGGAUUACGUGUUUUUCGAUUAUUACGACCAUAUUGAUGUGGAACAGUUGAAAAAUGUGGAGCGAGAUCCCAACGUCCCGUGUAAUUUGGGGUUGAAGUCGUUACACUAUGAACAAUGGGAGGAUGAAGUGUUACCAUUAGCGUGGGAGGAAGUGUUUGCGGCGUUUCCCAAUUUAAAGACGCUGAAAUUGCCUGCAUACAUUUCCGAAGACGUCAUUUCCGACAUUUUAAACGAUGCAAGCGGUUUGCAAUUGGAAUACUUGGCAUUUUAUAAAUCAAGACAGGGCGAAUCUACCUUAACGGACGGUCAUUUAGUGCAAAUUCGCGACUUUCGAAAAACUUUGGUCCAUUUUGAAAUGUGUCUGGGUCGAAAUGUAUCCUUUCAUGGGUUGGAAGUCGCCAUUAGUGAACAUUCCAAUGCCCUCAAGACGUUAAAUCUUUAUUUUCCAAAUUCUAAUUCCUGCACGACAUUUAGCACGCUAAAAGUUUAUGCAAUAUUCCCAUUUAAAAAGAUAUCGUUUCCGAAACUGACUACGUUAACGGUGUCACAAGAGAUCUUACGGGGCGAAUCGUUUCCGCAAUGUUUCCAGAAAAUGUCGGCAUUAAAAACGCUAAAAUUGUGGGAUGCAUCAAACGAGUUCAAUUGGGAGGAACCCAUGGACAAUAUUUUUGAAGAUGAUGAUAACACUAGCUUAUCAUCUUCCAAUUCUGAUCAAAAAGUGAAACCAUUGCUCGUCUCGCUGAAAAACUUUUCGUGUGGAUAUGUCGUAAAAUCUUGUGAAUUUUAUGACCACGUAUUCUCUCAAUGUCCGAACCUGACCGUGUUAAAGGCUCCGUUAAACGAUGAGCAAAUCAGGAUCGUUUACAAGCACCUUAAGCUUAUCGAGGAAAUGACGGUGUACGACAGAUACUUGACGGAUCAGGGUAUAACUGGAAAUCCACUCGUUUUGACGGAAUACACAGAGUGGAGUCCGAACUGUCAGAGGUCAUUUGGAUAUAUCGGGGACUUGAAGAAACUUUGUAAAUUCACUUUGCAAUACUGGAAAUACGAUGGGAUAACAGACGCCUCUGUUUAUCACGGUUUCAUUGACGUAGCCAAUUUGGGGUUUCUCCGUCUUACCAAAACUCAAAUAAGUGACACCGCUCUGCACGACUUGGCAGCUAAAUCCAGUUUGGUGACGCUGAUAACGCCAAAAUUGUCCAAAGGUGAUGCACUUUAAACUGACUGGAAGGAGACCCACUGCUGCUGCACAAAAGUGAAGAUGUCUCAUACAUUUUGAUGAAUAAAUAUGUAAUACAAACGAAUAAAUGGGGAUCCAUAAUUUAA